UAUUUACGUUUUUUUUUUUAUCUUAUUAUUAUUAUUCUUAAUGGCCGAACCUGUAAAGACCACUUCUACACAAUCCGGUGUUCUUCCCAUUGGCAAAGAUGGAAAGCCACUCAAGCCAUGUUGUGCUUGUCCCGAAACAAAGAAAGUCCGUGACGAGUGUGUCUUUCAAAAGGGAGAAGAAAACUGUCAAGAACUUAUCCAAGCUCAUAUUACUUGUAUGCGUAACUUGGGCUUCAAAAUCUAAAGCUCUUUUUCUCUUUAAACCUCAUUAGACACUUCUUUUAUAAUUUGCCGUCUAUUCAAAGAAGAGUAACCAUUUACGCAGUAGUAAUUUACCCUUUUUCCCUCUCCCCCCGCAUUAAUUAUUUCUGUGGCGACUACACUUAUAAGCUCUACC